CACGAUCGUACCGCACAGUGUCUGGCGCUGGCGCGGGCGCGCGGUCGUAAUGGGAGGCGGCAGGUGGAGAGACGUUUGUCGGCCUCGUCGACCUCCUCCCUCCGCUCGGGCAUUGAAUCCGGCCAGCGAUCGAGAAGACGAGGGCGAGGGCGAGGGGCGGAGAGGCGGAGGAGGAGCUUCUGCCGAUGGUUUCAUGGCGAUUCUUGAAGUUUCGGUAAGCGUGUGGAUCGGGCCAGCCAAGAAAGAAGUAACGACGCCGCACCAUCUGCACGAUCACAUUGAUGGGCGACUCGGCCCAUGUGACCUCGUUCUCUCUUCUUUCUUCUCUCUCGCAGGCCUAGUGGAGUAUGGUUGGGACGGCAUUGGUGAAGUACGGAGUAAAAUAACCAAAAGAAUGGAAGACCCCAUCAUCAAGUCGUAAGUGAUCGGCAUGCGUGGUGUGUGAACGUAGGAAUGGUGGCGUGGAGGUCUGAAGAAGGAAGAGUUUUUUUUUUUUUUCGCAAAUCUUGUGAGCCGCAUUUAGGAUAUUGGUGACGAGGAAUAAUACUUCGGAUCUUGCGUUCUCUACACGAGGUCGCAAGCUAUGGCUGCUUUACUCAUUGGGAAUGUGUUCACAAGAAUCGCGUGAAAUUAUCUCCGCGUUCUAUAGUAAGAGCACUUGCUUCGGUAUUAUCUUGAGCCGAUCCCUUUUGUUGUCAUGAAGAACGAGACAAUUUUCCAAAGGUGUGGCACACUGAGCAUGCCCACGAGGGAUGUGCAUUCAACAAAAAUAUGACCCCCUGAUAUGAUGUCUGUUACAAUAGCAGUGUUCGAGCAAAAUUAAAAAAAAAUUGGAUUAACUAGGAGCUCAGGUGCCAAGACCUUACCAGAUUUCAAAAUCUCAACAAGCAUGAAAGUAGUGAAGUCUAGAUAUUAGACCCUUCUUUCGUAGAUUGCUAUAUUUGCCGAAACAUUAUCGUCAGCUCGAUAUAUUUUUCAGAACCUCUUUCUCCUUUUAUCAUCUAAUACGGAAUGGAAUAUUCUCUCUGACUUCUUCUAUAUCAAGAUGAUAUCUAAGGGAGACGCGGUAGAGGAAUCCAAAUAUUGGAGGAAAUUGCAGUGCUACUAUCAGGGAUAGUAAGUGCUACGCUACCACAUAUUCUAGAUAGAAGCCAAUGAGGAAUUCAUCAGGGGAUGCUCAUCUCUUCAGGAUUGCUCAAGAUACGGCUAAUAGUCUGCAGAAGCCAACCAAUAAAAUGUAAUAACAGAUUGAAAAUGCCUUCGACUUGAUAGAUCACCAAGUUCUACGGGAUAAUAUGCAAUCGCUUAAAAUUAGUCCAGCUUUCAUCAAGCUUGUCAAGGUGGACAGCGAAAAUUCAAAACUGCUAGUACAGGCUGGGCACACCGAAAAUUCAAGCUUGAAAGAGGAGUGCGGCAAGUGUGCCCCCUCCUCCCACCUCUCUUUAAAAUAGCAACCCGCAAUGAUGAAGCUAAUGGAUGCAGAGGAAGUGGGGACAGAUCAAAUUACUUAAUUUGUCCAACCUUAUGCACCAAUUUUUUGCGAAAGAAUAUAUAGACAAACUCUACACAAACUUC